AUGGAAAAAAUACAAAAUUUUGAUAAUAACAAAAAAGAUAAAAUUAUCAUUGAACUCGCUCAAGAAGUUAUAAAUCAGCAAAUUAAACUAGAAAAAAUUUUAAAUCAAGAAAAACUAAAAAAAAAUUUAAAAAAAACAGAACACGAAGAUUCUGAACAAGAAAAUUCUGAAGAAAAUUCACAAUCUCCAGAAUUACAAAAUAAUUCAAAUAAUUUAUCUGACUCUCAGAGAACAAUAACUCAGAGUCAAGUUAACUACGAUAUGGAAAUAAAGAAUAUUUACAAAACUCUUUUCAUUUUUGCUUUGGUUCUUUGUAUAAUUUCUAUUUUGGUAGCUUGGUAUUUUUACAUGAGUAGAAAUUUUUACAUAAAACUUAUUGAAAGAGAGAAUGUAAAUAUUGAAAGAGAGAGUGUAAUAAUAGAGACCAUCGUUGAAGGUUUUAAAAAAUUAAAACGAAACAAAAUUGAAUUUUAA